AUGAUGUUGUGGGGAGACGAAAACGAAGGUUAUACAACGCGUGCAAAUCGUUGCAAGCUUAGCCAAAGCCUCGACCUCGUGGGACCAUUGCACUUCGAUUUGGCCACUCAACCGAAAUUGUUAGUCAACGGGGUUAAUGUACGCAUUAAACUGGAAAGGCAUAAAGAUGUUUUCACUUUGAUGUCGGCAAACGACAAUUAUAAAAUUAGAAUUCAGCUAGCAAAACUAUACGUGAGAAAAGUCAGCGUGGCUCCCUCCAUCCUAAUAGCACACGAAAAGGCUUUAGAAAAAGGAGUUAUUAAGAUGCCCAUUCGUAGGAUUGACAUAAAAAGUUUUGCAAUAUCGAGCGGUUUGCAAUCGACAACUAUAGCAAACGCUUUUAUUGGUCAGCUACCCACACGUCUCAUUCUAGGUUUUGUAUCUAAUGCCGCCUAUAAUGGAAGCAUCAACAGAAAUCCUUUUAAAUUUCAUCACUAUAACCUAAACUACCUAUGCAUAUUAAAUGGGGGACAGAUGAUACCUUCCAAACCCUAUCAGCCCAAUUUCGAAAAAACAUUUUAUGGGCGAAGUUAUUUAAGCAUCUUUACAGAUUUAAAUCGAUAUCAUUCAAGCCCCAACAUUAAUAUCUCCUUUGAUGAAUACAAAGAUGGGUAUACAUUAUAUGCCGUUGAUUUGACUCCAGAUAUGGCAUCUAAUGAAAGCCAAGCCACGUAA